AUGAGAAACCAACCACAAGAAAAGAAAGAAGUCGACCAAUUAUUCUCCUCACUAAAUCCAUUUUUUGAUAUAAUAUUUAAAGGAAAAGGAAUUAGUUUAGGAGAAUUAAAUAAAUACUAUUGUUUAGUAUAUAGUUGUUUUGAGGAUAUUUCAUAUGCAGGAGACUAUGGACUAGAAAAACUUGAAGAAGUAUUAAAUGAGUACUUGGCAAAUAAAACUGGAGAGUUAAGUCAAAAAGAAAAAAGAAAAAUACCAAAACAAUUACAAAAUAUUUUUGAACAAUGGAAAAAUAUAAGAAAAAAUAUUUUAUUUGUCUUUGGUACAUUAGAUUUUUGUCCACACCAAAAAGUUAAUGGAACAGUUAAAUCAGUACUAAAACAUUCAUUUAAACAUGUAUUCUUUAAAUAUUUAAUAAAAAAAAUAAAUUUAUUUAAUAUAUUAAUUAAUAUAAUAUCAGAAAGUAGAUUUAAUAAAGAAUUAACAAUAGAAGAAUAUGAAUCAAUUCUUUCAAUUCUUCAAUUUCAUUUUGAUGAACAACUAUCAUUUUACAUUCAAUCAUUUCAAAAACAAUUUGAAGAACAAACAAUGACAGAUUAUAAUAAAUUUACUAAUAAAAUAAAAACAUUACCAAUUCAUGAAUGUUUAACUUUAUUAGAAAAGUUCAUUGAAAAUGAAAACGAUUUAAUUAAAAUAGCAUUACUUCCAAAUAUGCAACAACCAAUAAAAGAAAUGUUAAAUAAAGAAGUGUUAUUAAAAAUAACAAGAAAAGCAUUAACAGUAUUCCCAGAACUUCUUAUUAAAAAAGAAAAAGAAGACAUUCAAAUUAUUAGUUUAUUAUGGAAUAAAACAAAAGAAAAUAACGAAUUUCUUAAUCCAAUUGAUGAAUAUUUUCAAUUAAAAUUUCAUAAAGAACUAGAAGAAGAAAGUAAAAAAGAAGGAUUUAAUAAGAAUAUAAAACAAAUAGUUUAUUUCUUAUUUAAAUUUAAAAAUUUAACAGAAGAAUUAAAAAAAGAAUAUUUUAAAGGAAAUAUUAUUUUUGGUGAAUGUGUUGGUAAUUCAUUUAAAUCUUGUUUAGUUAAAAAUAAAAUUACUGAUGAAGGUGAUGAAAAACAAACAGAAGUUCUUUUAGCUACUUUUAUUCAUAGUACUAUGACAAGUAAUAAAUCAGAAGAAGAUACAAUGAAAGAAUUAACAAAUGUCUUAGAUAUUGUUUCUUAUUUAACCAAUAAAGAAUCAUUUAUUAUAUUACACCAAAAAUUUUUAUUAAAAAGAAUUAUUCAAAAUACUAUAAAAUCUAUUACAUUAGAGUCUUCAGUUGUUGAUGAUAUUUGUAAAAAUUUCUCUUGUUCUGCUUCUUUUAAGUUAAAACAAAUCAUUAAAGACUACACUUUAUCUUUAGAAAUUACUAAAGAAUUUUGUAAUAAAAAUCAAAUUCCUUUAAAAUUAAAUAUUAUUGUUUUCUCUAAAUUUUUAUUUAACGCUCAUGAUAUUUAUUGUUCAAUUCAAAUGGACCCUUCUCUUCAAAAAAUUUGGAAUUUAUUUGUCACUUCUUAUAAAACUAUUCAUACUGAUAGAAAAUUAGAAUUAAAUCAAUUAUGUUGUUCUGUUAUUCUUUCUUAUUAUAAUGGAAUAAAAGGAUGUAAAUUAGAAAUUAGUUAUAUUCAGUAUUGUAUUUUAAUGAAAUUACAUGACAAUGGAAAAUUAACUAUUAACGAACUACAAAAAUCUAUAGCUCCUUCAUUAGAUUCUUUUAAGUUCCAUUUAAAUUCUUUAAUCAAUUCUAAUAUUUUAUCUAGUUCAAAUGGCUUUGAAGGAAAUAGUUUGAUUUGGUUUACUAAUAACUCUAUUACUGAUGGUUUCUUAUUAAAUAAAAUUGAUAAGAAAUUAGUAGAUAACCAAAAUAAAAAUAAAGGAAUAACUAAAGAAAAUGAAUCAAAAAAAUUUACUGCUGUCAUUUGUUAUCAAGUUAAAUUAAUGAAACAAAGAAAAGACCUUAGCUAUAAUGACCUUAUUAAAUGCACUAUUUCUCAAUUAAAUUCUUCAUUUAAUAUUGACACAAAAUUAGCUAAACAAGGUGUUGAAUAUCUCAUUGAAAAAGAAUAUAUUUUAAGAGAUGAACAAGACAAUGGGUUGUUCCAUUAUAUUGCUUAA